AUGGCUCUAAGCUCCCGAGCUCACGCUUUCUCCGUUGAAGCCUUAGUGGGGAAAUCCGCAAAGAGGAAACUGCAGGACUUCAGAGAUGAGAAACAACCGCAUCGAGCGGAGAAGGGAGAGGAGGACGGGACCGGCUGCAGAGGGACCGGGAAAAGCCAGGAACCUGAAAAGAGACCUAAAGCAGGCACAUCGGCUUCUUUCUCGGCUAGCGCCGAAAGUCGAGAAGCGAAGGAUGAUAUCCACGUGGAACUGCAAGGAUCUGAACUCUGGAAAAGAUUUCAUGAGAUCGGCACGGAAAUGAUUAUUACCAAAGCCGGCAGGAGAAUGUUUCCCUCUGUCAGAGUGAAAGUGAAGGGUCUGGAGCCAGCGAAACAAUAUUACGUCGCCAUUGACGUGGUCCCUGUGGACUCCAAAAGAUACAGGUAUGUCUACCACAGCUCCCAGUGGAUGGUGGCUGGGAACACAGACCACUCCUGUAUAACGCCCAGGCUCUAUAUCCACCCGGAUUCCCCCUGCUCGGGAGAGACCUGGAUGAGGCAAAUCAUCAGCUUCGACAGGGUGAAACUCACCAACAAUGAGAUGGACGACAAAGGGCAUAUUAUCCUGCAGUCCAUGCACAAAUACAAACCCAGAGUGCACGUGAUUGUGCAGGAUUCCAGAUUUGAUCUGGCCCAGAUCCAGUCUCUGCCAGCGGAAGGGGUUAAAACCUUUUCAUUUAAGGAAACCGAAUUCACCACUGUAACGGCUUAUCAAAACCAGCAGAUUACCAAACUGAAAAUAGACAGGAAUCCCUUUGCUAAAGGAUUUAGAGACCCUGGGAGAAACAGGGGAGUGCUGGAUGGACUUUUGGAAACAUAUCCAUGGAGGCCACCACUUACUCUGGAUUUUAAGACCUUUGGUGCAGAAACCCAAGAUGGGAGUUCUGGUUCUUCACCUACAACCUCAAGUGGUGGGACGCCAUCUCCUCUGAACUCCUUGCUUUCUCCAUCUUGCUCACCUCCUACGUUUCACUUGUCAGCGAGCAACAUUGGAGGGUCAUGCCCUGAAACAUAUCUACAUAAUCUCAAUUUGCCCCUUUACUACAAGAUUUGUCCAACAAGCCUUUUGAGACAACAGUCACUUGUAUUUCCAAGCCACGAAAAACUGGGAGGCACCAAUCCACAUAUUUUACCCCACUUCAUGAUGGAUGUGCCUGUGCUAUCUUCCCUUGGCAUAACAAAUCUGAAAAAUGGUAAAUCUGAAGACUUAACUGGGCAGUGUCUACAAGUACCCAAUUCUGCUAAUCAAAUGUUGUAUGGAUUACAUGCAUCUGGAAACAUUUUCCCAUCAAGUCCCAUUGCUCGGGAAGCACUUAAUUGUUCUUUACAUUCUCCAUAUGGCUUGUAUGGUUAUAACUUUUCUAUGCCAUCUAGACUGAUGAACGCAACAAGCCAUUUCAAAGUGAAUGACAGCAUUCCGACUUCUUUUAGAGAUGGCAGAUGUAAUCAUUCUAUCUGGCACUCAGCAAUUAACCAUUGCCUCUAA